CAACGACGACAUGUCACAGACGUGCUACGAACUCACGUCCAGCCACCAGAAAACAGCUUGAUCAUUAUGUCUGACGUUGACGAACUGCCCUCGCUCGGUGCUGUACAGUUGCUCUCGUCCUGCCAGGCCCCGCUGCCGUUGCAUUUGUCGCUCAAGUCGUACGUCUACUCGUUUGAAUUCCAGACGACGGCCAAAUCGUGGAGAACACAGGUACACGCCUGGUCAUCUACAAACACUGGCUACAACCACGGCAAGAGCAGCGAGCGCAUCCUGCUCGACGCUGGCUGGCAUUGCUCAUCUUGCUUCAACCGUAUCUCGGACUAUCAGUUCAAGAUGCAAUCCUACAGUCACAGCGACCGUCUGUUUGGCAAUCGGCAUUGGCGUCAACUUUUGCAGCCAAAAGCCAUCCUGGACAAGAUCUGUCAAGGCACGGAUCUGUUUGACAUGCUGCCGGAAGCCUACACGUGGAGCGAGCUGCUGUACCGCUGGAACGGAGAGGUCAAGAGCAACAGCACUGCCAAUUUGCCCAGGGGACUGAUCGACCAUCAGAAACAGUUUGAGUUCCUGCUGCCGGGCGGAUGCAAAGCCAGGGACUUGUCUUCGGCUCUCAAAUGA